AUGUCCACUAUUACAUCGGUACACUCGUCGCCUUCAGAUGUAUCCCUAGAGUUCGAAGAGUUUGACUACUGUGAUAGCGAUGGCCGUUUAACGGGGAAUGACGUUAGCGAUGACCACCGCAUGGCUCUUUUUGAGGUUCUCUGGGAGUGUUACAAAGCGACUGAUUUUCUGGAAACAUUACCUUUCCUGGCCAUUGGAUGCCAAGGUGGUCCGCCGGACGAAGACAAGCGACCAUUCCUAGUGGCUGGAGCUAUUGCUAUUUGGACUGAUGCCAUAAAUUUCGGCACUGCACCUUUUGUUGAAGAUCUUGAGCGAGAUGAUCCCGUUGAAGUUAAUGACGAUUUUGUCGACCAGGUGUCUCGCCUCAGCCAACUUGUGGAGGAGCUUUCUCCUGUGGGUGGGCAAGGGCAUGUCGAAGAUGUUGGACAAGGCGAUCCAGUUGAAGUUGAGAACGAUCUUACCGACCAGAUGUCUCCUAUUAUGUCUUGCCUUAGGGUCCCAUCAAAGGAGGUUAUACUCUGUCUUGCUAAUCUCUGGCCCGAAUGUGAAGCCAUCUGCGUGUUUUGGGACCAUAUUGUGGUGGAGCUUUUCCUCAUGAGUCGGCAAGGGCAUUCAGACCGACUGCAAGGUCUCUAUGAAGAUACGAAGAUGGGCCCUCCUCUCUUCAAGUUUCACAACGGUCCGCUACCGAACUCGCAGAGGACCAGGGUCAAAGAUAUCAAGACAAAUCCCAAAAGGCUUCUCAAAUCCACCGAUUGCAAAAUGGGCGACCUUUUCAUCUUCGAUUCUCCUGCCGUCGGUAGGCAGGUUGUGGUAUGUUACGGACGACGAUUUACCAUUGGGCGAAAAGAAGCACAAAGCAGUGAGAGCCAUGGAGUAGCCGCUGGGGACAAGUAUGUUGCCUUUGAGCAAUCCGUUUUCCUUUCAAACUCGCCCGAGUCUUUCAAGAAGCUCCAUGAUCGUGGCUGCCAUUCUGUAUUUCUACAACACAGCAGAGCGUCCCUUUGCAAUAAAGGGCACCGGACUCCAACGAUGAUGAUGGAAGAAGGCGGUGAUGUCGGAUUUGUUUUGCAUCUGGACGACUUGCAGUUCCCGGACAAUUUCAGGAAUUACCCGUACAUCAUGUUUGCCGAUUCUCCUGAAUGA